AUGGCGCUUAACAUUGACGACCUCAUCGGCUCGAUGCAGCACAACUUUGCUGCCGGCGAGCGCGGGCACGAACUCAACGAAGUACGCGCAUCGCUGCUGCACAGCUUGGGUCCGCAGGCGAUGGGCCCACCCACGAGCGUUGGAGUGCAGCCUCGCGCGUACACUACGCAGAUGCACCACUCCGCAUUCAGCAGCAGUGCGAAUAGACGCUCAGGCUCCUCAACUGGCGGCUAUGGGCAUGGGCAGGGGAGCACAGGGCGCAGAGCCGGCGCAAAUACCUCGACAAAUGGGAGCAUCGCAAUCAAUGGGCAUGGUCAUCUCGUAUCCUCGGCGGCAGUGGCAGCGGCAGCAGCAGACUCGAUGGCGAUGAGCGUGUCGCCAGCAGCGGCGACGGCAGCGGCACCGCCAUCCUCAUUAACUUCAUCCAGCGCAUAUCCCAUGCCCGUGCAGCUACCAGUGCGGCAGACCGGUUUCAGCAGCAGCGGCGCGGGCGGCGCCGGGAGCCCCAGCUCAGGCGGCUCGGGUUCAGCGAGCUUUUGGCCAGCUGGAAGCCCGAUGACCAUAUCGUACGAAGCGCAGAACGGCGCUCGGUCAGCCUCGAUGGGGUCAGGAGGCGCCCUCAUGGCCGGUCUACUGGCGUAUGGCAACGGCGGAGGGGGAGGAGCCGGCUCGCCGAGUUCGUGUUCUCACGUGUCCGCCUCCUCCUUCGGCGCCGGGCCGCCCAGCAGCAACGGCUUCGUCCCUGCGCCGGCUAAUACGCCGCAGCAGACGCCCGUCGAAUGCAGCAGCAUGCUUGCACAACAGAUGCAGGUGCAGCGCCGCUUCACGGGCGGCGAGCGCCGCUUCACGGGCGGCGAGCGCAUCGACGAGAGCUCUGUUGCCGACGACGCAGCAGCUGCGGCGGCGGGAUUUGCGCUUCGGAGCGGCGACACGGACAAUCACUCGCCAUCGCAUGCGUCAGCGGCGUCGGGGUCGUACGUGGUGGGCGGAGGCGUGCGAGCAGCAGGCUUCGUUUCCUCGUCGCACAGCCCUGGUGGAGCGCACGUCAACGGCAGCAUGACGCCCAUCAAGCAUAUCGUCGGAGGCUUCUCUCCACCUACCUUACAUGGGCAAGCGCCGAUGUGA